AUGUCAAGCAAACAAUGGUGUAGAUGGAAUUCUCACCUUGCGCCUGCCAAUCACCCUGGUCGAGGUACACUUCUCACAAACCGGCAUGGCCUACCCGUAUCUCCUGCUUUGCAACCAAGAAAUCAGAAACCUGCUCGUGAGCAACAGUCGCUGGAAUCUCUGACGCCCUUCCGCAAAGCAGUAGCCGCCAACCCUUAUGCAAAUGCAUUAGCUACACCAGUUCGUCAGUGCAACUACACGGGCGCCAGACUACCUUCACACCAUUUGCUUCCUUUUGCUACCAUCUUCCGGCGGAAUGAGAACGACAAGCUCGUUCCACAUCUCGCUCCUGUCGACGAAUCUCGAAAGACUUCACGCGCUUAUGCUGUCAAUUCUCGUGAACUACUGAUCCGUCUUGGCCAAAAGAAGAACUGGCACCGCUUACUGGGCCAAGAUCUCAAGUUCGGUUUGAAGCAUCGAAACGAUUAUCAGUGGCCUAGCCAGGUAGAUCAGAUUAUCCUCUCUCGACUACGCUUCAAUGUGGUUCGUAAGCUGGCCUGGGUCCUCGGAAAACCCAAAUCAGAUCUGGUCAAACCAUUCGGUCUCGCCGAUGAAUGUCCUUCAUCGAAGACCAUCUUGCAUUUGCGCGAAGGCACGUCGUCAGGCUCUUCAUCAAACUCCGUCACAGAAUACCAUCUCACGUACCUUCUGGGCUCAGAACUUGACGGGCUCCUCAAGGGGACUUCAUUUGCCGAGACCGAUGCUAUACUCCUUACACAGUCAUACAUGACUGUAUCUGCGCACAUUGCUCUCGCAAGAUUGGCACUUUUUCUGUCUGGCCCGGAAAAUCUGACGAAACCCUCAAAAGUACGAUGA